UCUAUUUUAACCAAAGUUUAUAAACAUAUUUCACAUCCGCCUAUCCCUUGCACACUUACUGGGAUACUGUAUCACACGCAAAUCACACAAAUCGAUUCGCCUCUUCCCCAAAACUUAAUGUCUAUGUUGAUUUAACUCUAUGAAGUUAGAAUAUUUCACAUGUUUUUUCGAGGUUUUCAUGUUUUAAAAGCAUAAUUUCGAGUUGUCUCGAGAAAAUUCUUUUAGGGUUCGAGAACUUUAAGCUGCUAGAAGUUGUGAAUUUCGGCACCGAGAAAGCUGGCAAUGGACUACGAGCCGUAUGAUAGCAGUGGUAUGAUAUGCAUUGUUGCUGUAUGUGAAUUUGUCGGCGACUCGGGGCACUAUUGAAAGAACUGAUGAUGAUCUUCCUCCACCACAUCAAAAUAGAAUUCAGAGAGGUGGACGCGUUGCUGUGAAUGGAAGGCCUGCUGUCAUGGGUGCUACCCCAUAUCCUAGAAUGCAUGAUGAAACUGAUAUGGAAGCCAAAAUUCACCAGCUUGAGCAAGACGCAUACAGUUCAGUUUUAAAAGCCUUUAAAGCACAAGCCGAUGCCAUUACUUGGGAGAAGGAAAGUUUAAUAACUGAACUGAGGAAAGAGUUACGACUGUCAAAUGAAGAGCACAGGGAGCUUCUUGGUAGAGUUAAUGCAGAUGAAACUAUACGAAGAAUAAGGGAAUGGAGACAGUCAGGUGUGCUCCAACCUGGCAUGCAUGGUGCUAGUCAAGCUGUCAAUGAUCCGAUGCCCAGUCCUUCUGUAUCAGCUUCUCGCAAGAAACGGAAAAUAGCUUCCUCUUUGCCUUCUCAUUCCUUGGGUGGGCCAUCUUUCCACCCACAGGCAAUGGCCACGGCAAGCCAGCCAUCUUCGUCUUCUGCAAAGCGUGGACCCAUGAUGGGGACAAAGGGGAAAAAGCCUAAAUCUGGCCAGAUUCCUCCAGGUUCUUCCUCAAUGAAAAUGCAGUAUCCCUCUUCUGGCCCAGCUGGUAGAGGUCAAUUGGGUAACCGUAUUACUUCUGGUGGCCUACCGAAUGAACCUGCUGAAGGAGCUACUCUUGAUCAAUUCAUCGGACGGAAAGUAAGGACCAGAUGGCCUGAUGACAAUAAUUUCUAUGAAGCUGUCAUAACUGACUAUAAUGCAACUGAGGAUCGUCAUGCUCUUGUUUAUGAUUACGGUACUCCAAACGAAACAUGGGAAUGGGUCAAUCUUGCUGAGAUUUCUCCUGAGGAUAUACAGUGGGAAGGUGAAGACCCUGAAAUUUCUCGUCGUGGAGGCUAUGGCGCAUCAGGCCAUCGGAUGAGUCGACCUACUGGGCGAGGUAAUGCUCCUGGUGCAGGAAGAGGUAGGGGUUUGACAAAAUCCAGGAAGGAUUUUCCACCAUCGCAGAAUGGCAUUGGAAAGAAGGGAUCUGACAUCAUUCAACUGCUUCCUACUGAUAAUCUAAUUAAGGAGGUGGAGAGGGUUUUUGGGUCCAGUAAUCCGGACCCUGCUGAGAUAGAAAAGGCAAAGAAAGUUCUGAAGGAGCAUGAACAAGCACUUACUGAGACCCUUGCAAGGCUUGCAGAUAUAUCUGGUGGCGAAAGUGACGAGGAUGAUCGUUACUUGCAUGAGCAACUGAUGGGCCGAGAAUAACAAAACCGAACCAUCUUGGUUAGUUCAGUCCAGUAAAAUGGAUAGCAAAGAAGAUUUUGAUAGUGUCUAUUUAGGGCAGGUGGCAUUGGGUUGUAUCUAAUGACUAAAGGUAUGGUAAAAGCCAGAUUUAAUCCUGGGAUUGUGUUGUAUAAUGCCAUUUUUCAGCGAAUAUUAGCUCAUGUUUAAUUAUUUUAGUUAGGCCAACUCGUAGCUGAGAUGGGGUUCUAAUUGUUCAUUAUAGGUCAGUGCUUGUGGGGAAUUGUUACAUUUGCCGUUAACAUGUGUAAAAAGUUAUUUAUUUAUUUUU